GAUCUCUCUCAGAACAGUGGAUUAAAGAAGUGGAUGAUAUGCAUACAUUGGCGGGAAAACAAAACGGGGGAAAUAAAAACGAAAACCCCUAACUCUGAUUUUCUCAUUUUUCACUUCCAAUGGCGCAGACCAAAACCCCAACCUUCAUUCACGAGAUCGAAUCUCUCGUCUCCGAUAAACUUCAAGUGGUUUCGUACCAGUGGUUGAGUCGCAAUUAUAUGGUAUCGGCCAAUGAAGCGAAGAGGGUCCUUCAGGAGUUUGUACAAAAGCAUGAGGGUGGGUUGGAGGUGGUGUAUGCUUUGUCUGGUUGGUUAAAGAGCAAGGAUCCUAACUACGGCAUAAGGCUUGUUACUGGGCCAAAGCUUGCAGAAGCACAACAAGAAUUUGAUGGGGAUUGCUCAGUUCAGGUAUAUAGUGUGCAAGCUAGCAUUCCAAAGGACCCAGCUAUGCUUCGGAAUGCUGAAUUUGUUCAAGCAGAGGAGCUCUUUAAGCAGCCUUCCUCUGUUGACAAUUGUUUGAGGGACUAUAGGUUCUGUGGGAUCUCCAAUUUUUUUGUAACACGGAAGGUAGACGGCUCAACAGUAGUUUCUGCAGCACCACAAUCAAAAUCUGCAGUAGGUGAGGGACCAAGAAAGAGUAACACAGUUCAGAAAUCUCCUAAAACUAUAGCACAUGAUUCUAUUGACAAAGUUGAUGCCAAACCGCAGAAUGUGAUUAAAGAAGUCAAGAGUGAAAGCAAUGGUAUAGGGAAUACUGUAGCUCUUGAUAACAUCAACAAACCUAUAGCAGAGAAAGAAAAGGCCCUUCCCUUGCCCACAGGCAAAAAGAAAGUACCAGCUGAUAAAAGUGGUUCUGUUGCUAGAGGUUCAUUAGCAAGCUUUUGGGGCGGUGCAUCAGCAAAACCCAAGCCUUGCACGCCAUCAGUAGAAAAUAAUAACACAGUUUCAAAUCCUGCUGUAUCUACUGAAAAUGCACAAACUGCUUGUGAGGAAGAGUGUGACAGUGGUAUUGAUGAUAAUCAAAGUGUCUCCGUGAGAAGGUCAUCCAACAGAAAAAGAAGGGUUGUCUUUGAUUUCUCAGAUGAAGAUGAAGAUGAUGUUGUCAAUUUAGCUUCACCUGAUUUCCCAAAUAAACAAUCAUCUCAAGAUUCUAGACAAGAUGACAAAAACACAUCAGAGAAAACCAAUUUGAAUUUUGAUUCACAGGAAGAAAAUAAAUCAAGGGUUAAGGAAGAGAGAGAAACGGACCAAAAGGCUCACCUGCCAUUGGGAGAUAAUGUAUCAGCUAUCAGCAAGUGCACAAAUACAGGGAAACCAUCUUCUGAGAAGUUGCAGAGUGGUGCUCCAGAAGCUCGUGUAAAUAAGGAUAGUGUAAACAAUGCCGCUCCUUGUUCUCCUAAGAGGAGAAAAGUGAUGAAAACCAGGAUUGAUGAACGAGGGAGAGAAGUAGUUGAAGUUGUCUGGGAAGGGGAGGAGACAGAAGUGAAGAAACCUGACAAGGUUACAACAAAGAAUACUGAUAGUAAAACCAAUGCUGCCAACAGUGCUCCAGUAACUAAGAAACCGCCAGCCAAUUCACAUGCUAAUAAUGGAAAAGGAGGAAACAAGAAAGCAGGAAACAAGGAUCCCAAACAGGGCAAUCUAUUUUCUUUUUUCAAGAAAGUUUAAGAACUUGACAGUUGUUCAGAAGAGAUGAUCUUCUGAAAGGAUCAUUCAUCAAUGCAGUUCCUUUAUGAUGUGAGGAUAUUGCAUCAUACGUAGUUCUGGUUUGUAAUUUCGAUGCAGGAAUGAUUUCACUGUAAGCUUGACGUGUAAUUGUUCACCUGGCGCACGCAUUUGUUAGAAAAGCACUAUUGUUCCCUGAGAAUAUGUAGUUAACGUUCAGGUCCGGACACUGAAUGGGACUGUUUUUGGCAACUAAUGGUUUGGGUUGCUUGAGGUUCUAUCUAAACUUAGGUUAAAUGAAACUCUGUAAAAUACGAUUUUCAUAGCAUCAUUUUAUUUAACUACUUUCGUUUACUGGAGGCAGGAAA